AUGAUUUCAACAAUAGGUUCUACAACACUUCAAACAACAACUUCACCAAACUCUUUAGUUAUGAAUCCAACAUCUAUGUUAGUAGAGAUGAAAAGCUUCAUUCCUUCUUCAUAUACUUUUGAGACAGAAAUACAAAGAAUUAAGCAAGAACUUUUAACAAGUAAUUUAGACUGUAGUGCGAAAGAUGAAACAAAUGAACAGUAUCUUUAUGACAUGCAGGACAUUAUUGACCAUUUACCCAAAUUGCCUGAAAUCCAACAACAAAAGCUCACUAUUCAUGAAUUCGAUGAAAUAGAAGUGAAACCAACUGACUCAGUAGAAAUAAAGAAGUUCAUACGUAAAGUAAACUAUGAGUUUCUAGGAUAUCAUUGCAACCAUAAAGUUAUGGACAAAGAUCGCGACAUGGUAUAUAAGAACAUCUCUGACAUAUAUUAA